AUGUCUCAAAUUUACACUUACGAAGAAAUUGCUAAACAUAACUCCCCAGAUGACACUUGGAUUGUCAUUGAAGGUAAAGUCUAUGACGUGUCCAAAUUCUUAGAUGAACAUCCAGGUGGUGAAGAGAUUAUCUUCGAAUUAGCCGGUACAGAUGCUACUGAAAAUUUCGAAGAUAUUGGUCAUUCCGAUGAUGCUUUGAAAAUACUAAAGAAAAUGUACAUCGGUGAUCUAGAUAAAGCUAGUAAACCUGUUAAAGUGGUGCCUAAAGUGGAAGUUACAAGGAAAUCAGAUGAAAAUGGUGGUCUACUUGUUUGUAUGAUCGGUGGCAUUUGUCUGGCGAUCGCUUACUACUAUUUGAACGAUUAA